AUGACCAGGUUCUCAAGCCCAUCACAGAAGCAAUCUGCACAGGAAUCGGCAAGAGACCUGAGUCUGCCCAAUGGGACGCCGGUGGAGACAUCUAGCCCCGCCUCCUCAUCUUCCCUCCUGAACCGGCUGCAGCUGGAUGACGACCUGGAUGGAGAAACACGUGACCUCUUUGUUACCGUCGAAGAUCCGAAGAAACACGUCUCUACUAUGGAGACCUACAUCACCUACAAGGUCGCCACUAAGACAACGCGGGUGGAGUUUGACCUACCUGAGUACUCUGUCAGGAGGCGCUACCAGGACUUUGACUGGCUCAGGACCAAGCUGGAGGACACUCAGCCCACACAUCUCAUACCACCCCUCCCUGAGAAGUUUGUGAUGAAGGGCGUGGUUGACCGGUUCUCUGAGGAGUUUGUUGAGACGAGAAGGAAGGCUCUGGAUAAGUUCAUGAAGAGAGUGGCUGACCAUCCUGUCCUGUCGUUCAACGAACACUUCAAUGCCUUCCUCUCUGCUAAGGACCUGGAUAAGAGACGAGGCCUAGCCCUGCUCUCUAAGAUGGGGGAGUCGGUGAAGUACGUGACAGGAGGGUACAAGCUGAGGAGCCGACCCGUGGAGUUUUCUGCUAUGGGAGACUACCUCGAUAUGUUCACACAGAAGCUGGGUACUAUCGACAGGAUAGCACAGAGAAUCAUCAAAGAACAGUCAGAGUACCAGGUAGAGCUGCGUGAGUACGGUCCUGUCUACACUACCUGGGCGUUGUCGGAGGCGGAGCUACAGGAGCCUCUGGAGGGCGUGGCCAGCUGCGUCGCUAACUGUUCCAACGCUCUGGACGAACUCACCCAGGACAUGAGCGAAGACUUCCUGCCCGUGCUCCGAGAAUACGUCCUCUAUAUUGAUUCCAUGAAGAUUGUUCUGAAGAAGAGGGACAACAUUCAGGCUGAAUACGAGACUAAACUGGAAGCUGCUGCCUUCCGGAAAGAGGAAAGAGCAUCAGCCACA